UCAGUCAGUGUCGCCUCGUGCCCUAGCGGAAAACAGCAGCAGCAGGUGUUCUGCAUCUCAACCUACUCGCCGCCGCCGCCGCCGCCGGUAAUCCCAACAACGUUCGUCCAUUCGUCGACGGGAGAAUAGAAGAGAAGAGAAGAGAAGAAAAGGGAAGGUAAGGGAAGGGAAGAUAUGAAGCCGGUGGUGGGUAUCGUGGUGUCGAACAAGAUGCAGAAGUCGGUGGUGGUGGCGGUGGACCGCCUCUUCCACAACAAGGUGUACAACCGCUACGUCAAGCGCACCUCCAAGUUCAUGGCGCACGACGAGGCCGAGACCUGCAACAUCGGCGACAGGGUUAGGCUGGAUCCUUCUAGGCCGUUGAGCAAAAACAAGCAUUGGAUUGUUGCCGAGGUUCUUCGCAGAGCUAAGAUGUAUGUUGCACAGCCACCUGCAGCAAAAGCUUCUGGUGCGACAACUCAACAAACUAGCCCCAAGUCAUCUGCCUGAAGAUCCCCAGAGCCCAACACAUACAUGUCUUUAAGAAUGUCUCUUCUUUACUGACUGACAGCAUGUCCGGAGAACCAUAUCACUGAAUAAACAACGGCUGGUACAAACUGGUGGUCUUUGUGGUUCUCGUCAUGUUCAGCUUAUCAGUUUAUUUGCUUGCAAUCCGAAACAUGGUGAUUGGGAAUUAUGUUGGACCCUAUAGCUUCGAGUUUGCCCCAGCAAAAUCAUUGGUGCAACUUAACCAUUUCCUCAUAAUAGUUAUCCAUACAUGGUGGAGGGCAUGGUGACAUUCAUGCCGGAGCUGGGGCCAUUCGAUGUCAGUGGUAGCUAGCUAGUGUGUUCAUUGUGGCUGCUGGAUUAUUGCCGUCGACCGGUGACAUUAAAUACUCCUAGUUCUUUUGUCCUUGUGAAACAUUUGUUCCAUGUACCGCGCUCGAAUGUAUGAUCUUGGUUAGAUCUAUCAUCAUGAUGUAAUCCCGGAUUUUAUGCGGGUGUGCUGAUGAUUCUAUCUGAAUAAUAUAUUGGUUGUGCAUGGCAAAAUGUUUGAUUA